UUUUAUAUGUUAUUCUAUAUAUUAGAAGUAUGUGGCUUUGCCAAAAAAUUUAUCAAUGAUUUAAGCACCAAUCGAUAUAACAUAUAAGCAACGUAUCGAUUAGCGAUUUAUUGCGUCUCUGCGUGAUAAAUGUAAAUGUGAAAGGGAUUAAGUACGAAUUGAGCUCGACGCGUAGAUAAUUGAUUGUGACAUCGCGCGCGCGUUGACAGUGCGAUUGAAAUAAUCGAAUAAUGGAAAAGAGCAGCGGCCAUGAUCAUCGAAUUUAGCGAUAAGUACUCAUUGAUGAUAUCACGCGAUUCCAAAGACGAUAAUUCCAGAAACGCUGGUGUGACAGACGGUGUCGAAUCCAAUAGCGGCUUCGAAGGGCGAUCCUGCAAAUCUGUAUUUAAAGAUCGAAAAUACCUCGUUCCCGACAAUUCCCCGAACGUUCUAUCGCUUGCAAACGACAGAAUAGGUGUUACCAAGCAUGAUUCCGAGCUAUAUCAUUGGAAAAUUACCACAGACAAAGACAAUAACACAGACGCAUUGCAUGAGAAAAACGAUUCAGAGCAGCUUACAGAAAACGUGGAAGAAACGUCAAAAACCAAGAAGAGAAAGCGGAGAUUUUUAACAAUCUGCACGACGAACUGCAAAUACACCGUGGUUAGACGGGUGGCUGCGCGAUUCGGGAUGAGAGAAGUUACGGAGGACAGCAGCUGGGAUCUUUAUUGGACCGAUUUGAGCAUCAGCGUGGAGCGUGCCAAGGACAUGAAGAGAUUUCAGAGAGUAAAUCAUUUUCCCGGAAUGACAGAGAUAUGUAGGAAGGAUCUUCUCGCUCGUAAUCUCAAUCGUAUGCAGAAGCUGUUCCCGAAGGACUAUAACUUUUUCCCGAAAACUUGGUGCUUUCCCGCGGAUCAUGGCGACGCAAUGGCUUAUGCUAAGACGCGGAAAUCAAAAACCUUUAUCGUUAAACCGGAUAUGGGCUGCCAAGGACGCGGUAUUUACCUAACGAAACACUUGAAGGACAUCAAACCAAGCGAACGUUUGAUCUGUCAAGUGUACAUCGCAAGGCCUUUCUUAAUAGACGGAUACAAAUUUGAUCUACGUAUUUACGCAUUAAUUACGUCCUGCGAUCCUCUCAGGAUCUACGUGUACAACGAAGGACUCGCGAGAUUUGCGACGAGCAAGUACAAGGAACCGACCGGUCAAAAUAUUUCUAACAUGUUCAUGCAUUUGACAAAUUAUUCCGUUAACAAGCACAGCCGGAUGUAUGUUAUUGAUGAUGAGAUUGGCAGUAAAAGAAAGAUAUCGACAUUUAAUAAAUGGCUAAAAGCGAAAGAUAUCGACGUGGAUGUUUUAUGGGGUAAGAUCGAUGGAAUUAUAAUAAAAACCUUAGUCGCCGCGUAUCCCGUAUUAAAACACAAUUAUCAUGCGUGCUUUCCGAUGCACGAUAAAACUUAUGCGUGCUUCGAGUUGCUGGGAUUCGACAUUUUACUCGACUGGAGACUUAAACCUUACCUUCUCGAGUACAUCUAUCAGGUAAAUCACUCGCCAAGCUUUCAUACAGAUGCACAAAUAGAUAAAGACGUAAAGGAAGGGUUGUUGAUGGAUACCUUUGAUAUAUUAAACCUGCAACAAUGCGACAAGAAAAAAAUAAUAGAAGAAGACAAAAAGCGAAUCAGGGAGCGACUUCUUCAAGGCAUAAAUGGAAAAGAUCUCAGUCAAACUAAUGAUACGACAGCUUCGACGAAAUCUGUGAGGAACGAGAACAAUUAUAUGCAGAGACAGUUUCAGUGGGAAGACGACCAUAUGGGCAAUUUUCGAAGAAUUUAUCCGUGUCUUAGCGAGGAUAAGUACCAGCCUUUCUUCACGCAGAAUACGCUUUCCGUUUUCCAAGAUACGGUGGCAUCGAGAGCGCGAGAGGAAGCGUCGAGAAUAGAGAGGGAAGAAAACGAACUGAAAGCGAAGGAGGAAGAACGCAAACGAAUAGUCAGGAAAUGGAGCGAGCAGAAAUUAGGCUCUGAAAGUUCGAAUGCAUCAAAGAAAUUCCAAGAGAAGAGCAAAUCUGCAGGCGUGCUACCAAGGAAAAAUAUCAAUAAACAGGACGCACAGGGAUCUGCUACCAACACGUUGUAUUCCUUCGAGCCUGAAAUCAUAUCGGAAUCCGAGGAGAGGGAGCGAAUAACAGCCCUCGCGCAGAGGGAUUUUCUCAUCAAGAGUUAUGGUAUGCUAGAGCAGAUAUACAUGGCGAUGAAGAAGAAUGGCACGUUACGACCUGCUGAUGAAAGAAAGUACGGAUUAUACGGCAGACUUGGGCAACACGCGAACACGAAUGAUAGCACGUGUUCUUCCUCUGCGCACCAACGUCGCCAUUGUCACCAAAAUAACUGUACACAUGCCACGCAACUAACCACGGACCAAUGCAUACAAUGCUCUCUGAAAGGGAAUAAUCAAAAGAUGGAGGGACGCGAAUUCAACAAUUCAAACAAAACCUUGUGGAUAACUUGUAAUGAAGCGCUUGUUUAUGUUCGUCCAAAAAUACCGCAAAAAUUGUGGAUGGAGGAUAUGAAUUCUACUAAUAGGAGUCGUGUAACAAAAGCUCAAAUUGCUCGAACAUUGUCAAAUACCGUGCGGUUACAUACACUGAAGAAAAGAGAAGCCUCCUAUUCAUCGAAAUUAUAGUAAGCCAUACAUUUAUGUUUGUAUCUAUUACGAUUCUAUAUACUUUUUCUUGUGAGAGAUAUUAACUUUUUCUAAAAAUAUAUAAUUAUAAUAUUAUAUAAAAUACAAUUAUAACAAAGUUAUUCUAGAAUCGACAUUGAAACCUAACAGAUAAAAAAGAUAAAAUAGAUUUUUGUGUGGAAAAAAA